CGGCUCUUAGCGGGAGGGAGCCGUCCUUCAGCCUCGUCCCGGGCCGGGCCUGCUCUAGCGCCUCUCGCUGGCCUCCGCCCCCGGCCGGGCUCCCCCUCAGUGCCAGGCUCCGGCCCCCGCCCUCUGGCUGCCCCCAUGGCCAAGCUGCUCAAGCUCGCGGCCCUGGGGCUGGCGCUGGCGUUCCUGGGAGAGCGAUUCGUGACCUUCAGACAACGGAUGAACGUCUCCCAUCAAGUGCACCCGGUGGAACCGCCCAGCUGCCACCUAAUUCAGGGCCUAGACAAUGGCUCCGAGGACAUCGACAUCCUGCCGAGCGGGCUGGCCUUCCUCAGCACCGGCCUAAAAUACCCAGGAAUGCCCAGUUUUGCCCCGGAUAAGCCUGGAGAAAUCUUUCUGAUGGACCUGAACGAGGACCGGCCGAGGGCCCGGGCCCUGCCAAUCAGGAACGGGGGGUUCGAUGCCCAGUCAUUCAACCCACACGGGAUCAGUGCCUUUGUGGACAAAGACCGCCACGACGCCGUGUACUUGUACGUGGUCAAUCACCCCCGAGGGACGUCCACGGUGGAGAUCUUCGAGUUCCGAGGAGACGCUCUGCUCCACCUGAAAACCAUCACCCACGAGCUGCUUUCCAGUGUCAACGACGUCGUGGUUCUGGGACGGGAACAGUUCUAUGCCACCAAUGACCACUACUUCACCAAUCACUUCUUGACCCAGUUGGAGCUCUUCUUGGAUCUACAGUGGACAAAUGUGAUUUAUUACAGUCCAGACGAAGUCAAGGAAGUGGCCAGCGGGCUUCGCUUUGCCAAUGGCAUCACGGUUUCCCCAGACAGGAAGUAUGUCUAUGUGGCGGCGGUGACUUCUCACAGCAUUCAUGUCAUGGAAAGACAUGACAAUUGGCACCUAACUCCAAAGAAGGUUCUCAACUUGGGCACCUUAGUUGAUAACUUAUCGGUUGACCCUGCCACGGGCGACAUUUGGGCAGGAUGUCACCCCAAUGGCAUGAAACUGGUGGCGUAUGACCCUGCGGAUCCCCCUGGAUCAGAGGUGCUCCGCAUCCAGAACAUCCUGUCCCAGCAGCCCGCCGUGACCGUGGUCUACGCCAACAACGGCUCCGUCCUCCAGGGGAGCACGGUCGCCGCCGUGUAUAAUCAAAAAAUGCUGGUGGGGACCGUGUUCCACAAAGCACUGUACUGCGACCUCUGAACCCGUCUCCCAGGGCCAGAACCCCCGCCGGGAAAUAAAAACAAGCGCAGACAA